GCGGGCGGUUGGUGGGCGCCGCCGGCUGCUGUGGUAACGGGGCUCCGUCGGGGGAGGGGGGAGAGCUGCUUCGGGCGCCUCCCCUGCUCCCAAGAUGGCGGCGGCGGGGACUGCUGGGGUGAACCCUUUCCUCAGCGACUCCGAGGAGUCGGACCCCGACGAGGCCAGGCCCGGCGGAGGCAGCAGCAGCAGCGACUCCGGCGGCGGAACGGCAGCUCCGCUCCCGCUGCCUUCGUCGGCCUGCUCUUCGCCGCCGCCACCGCCGCCGCCCCUCCAGCAGCAGCAGCAGCAGCAUCAUCUGCCCUUGCCGCCUCCCUCCUCCCUGCAGGCCGAGGAGCCGCCUCGGGUCCCCGUGGACGCCCUGGCGGCUCAGCUGCUGCGCGACCAGUUCGUGCUGACGGCGCUGGAGCUGCACACGGAGCUGCUGGAGAGCGGCCGGGAGCUCCCCCGGCUGAGGGAUUACUUCUCCAACCCGGGCAACUUCGAGCGCCAGGGAGGAGGAAGCUGCGCUGGGGGGACGACGACGGCGCCCACCCCGCCGGCCUCGGCGGCCCCGGGGCUGCUGGCGGGGGCUGGAGUGGGGAAGGAGCCCGGUGCAGCAGGACAGCUCCAUCGAGCUGGAAGCAUUAGCACUCUUGACUCACUGGACUUUGCAAGAUAUUCAGAUGAUGGCAACAGGGAGACAGAUGAACGGCUGGCUGUCCUGGAGUUUGAACUACGGAAAGCAAAGGAGACCAUUCAGGCCCUCCGAGCCAACCUGACUCAGGCUGCAGAAAAUGAAGUUCCUUUGCAGGAACGGAGAAAUUACAAAUCAAGUCCUGAAAUUCAGGAACCAAUUAAACCUCUUGAAAAAAGAGCUCUAAACUUCUUAGUCAAUGAAUUUUUAUUAAAGAACAGCUACAAGCUCACUUCAAUAACUUUUUCAGAUGAAAGUGAUGAUCAGGAUUUUGAAUUGUGGGAUGACGUAGGACUGAACAUUCCAAAGCCUCCGGACUUGCUACAACUCUACCGUGACUUUGGGAACCACCAAGUAACUGCAAAAGAUGUUGUAGAUGUAGCAGUUGGCCCGGAAGAGGAUGAAUUUGACGCAACCACUCCUAUCCUAGAGAACAUUCCUAUAUUUGGAACACCAGAAUCUAUAGAGCAAUGUGUAAUGGUGCAGAAAUUGGAAGAUCAAAUUAAUGUGUUAAGCACCGAGAAGUGGUCUCUGCUGGAACAAAUACGAAGGCUUGAAAGUGAAAUAGAGUACUUAAGAAAUGAAAAAACUCCUGUUCCAGUGAUAUUCGAUUCAGUCCAGUCAUCUUUAGCUCAAGUGCCUCUCACAGUCCCAGACGAUAACGGGAGAUAUUUAGAUAUCCAGAGUUCACUUAAUGAUGGUAAACAUGGUGACACUGAAGAGAAAAGGCCUCCUAAAGAAGAUAUGAGAAUUUCUUUUCCUUUGAAGGAGAGAGAAAAACUUCCAUCUUGUCCUCCAUCAAAUAAAGCUGCCAUACACUUCGAUAAACCCAAUAGGAAGCUGUCACAUGCGUUCCAUCAAGCAUUGCUGUCUUUCUGUCAGAUGUCAGCAGAGAGCCGUUUGGGAUCAGAGGUGUCCCGAAUUGCUGAUAGUGAAAAAAGCGUCAUGCUGAUGCUUGGGCGUUGCUUGCCGCAUAUCGUUCCUAAUGUCCUGCUUGCAAAGCGAGAGGAAUUGAUACCCCUCAUACUGUGUACAGCUUGCCUCCAUCCUGAACCCAAAGAGAGAGAUCAGCUCCUACACAUAUUGUUCAACUUGAUCAAAAGGCCAGAUGAUGAGCAAAGGCAAAUGAUUCUGACUGGAUGUGUAGCAUUUGCUCGGCAUGUUGGACCAACACGUGUAGAAGCAGAACUUUUACCACAAUGUUGGGAGCAGAUCAAUCACAAAUAUCCAGAAAGACGGCUGUUAGUGGCAGAGUCCUGUGGAGCAUUGGCACCUUAUCUUCCUAAAGAGAUUCGAAGUUCGUUGGUACUUUCCAUGUUACAGCAGAUGUUGAUGGAAGAUAAGACAGAUCUGGUACGAGAAGCUGUGAUCAAAAGCCUUGGUAUCAUCAUGGGGUACAUUGAUGAUCCAGACAAAUACCAACAGGGUUUUGAACUACUACUUUCAGCGCUGGGUGAUCCCUCAGAACGAGUAGUUGGUGCAACUCAUCAGGUGUUUUUACCUGCCUAUGCUGCCUGGACCACAGAACUAGGAAAUUUGCAGUCUCAUCUUAUACCUACAUUGCUUAGUAAAAUUGAAAAACUACUCAGGGAAGGCGAGCAUGGACUUGAUGAACACAAGCUGCACAUGUAUCUUUCUGCUCUGCAGUCCUUGAUUCCUUCGCUUUUUGCACUAGUGCUACAGAACGCACCUUUUACAAGCAAAGCUAAGCUUCAGGGUGAAAUUCCACAGAUUGAAGUGACUAGAUUCCCAAGGCCUGCAUCGCCUCUUCAGGAUGUAGCCACCAUAAUUGGAAGCCGUGAACAAUUGGCUGUGCUAUUACAACUUUAUGAUUACCAGUUGGAACAUGAGGGUACCACAGGCUGGGAUACCUUACUGUGGGUUGUCAAUCAACUGUUGCCGCAACUUAUAGAAAUAGUUGGCAAAAUCAAUGUAGCCUCAACAGCCUGUGUACAUGAAUUCUCAAGGUUUUUCUGGCGCCUUUGCAGAACAUUUGGGAAAAUCUUCACAAAUACAAAGGUAAAACCACAGUUCCAGGAAAUCUUAAGGCUGUCUGAGGAGAAUGUUGAUGCCACAGCAGGAAAUGGAGUGCUAACAAAAGCCACGGUUCCUAUUUAUGCCACAGGUGUACUUACAUGCUAUAUCCAGGAAGAAGACCGGAAGCUGUUAGUUGGAUUUUUAGAAGAUGUAAUGACCAUGCUUUCAUUAUCCCAUGCUCCUCUUGAUAGCCUGAAAGCCUCUUUUGUGGAACUGGGUGCAAACCCAGCAUACCAUGAGUUGCUGCUAACUGUAUUGUGGUAUGGAGUUGUUCAUACUUCAGCACUUGUUCGGUGCACAGCUGCUAGAAUGUUUGAGCUGUUGGUGAAGGGGGUACAUGAAACUCUGGUAGCUCAGAGAGUUGUUCCUGCUCUCAUUACUCUCUCCAGUGACCCUGAAAUCUCUGUAAGAAUAGCCACAAUUCCUGCUUUUGGUACCAUCAUGGAAACGGUCACCCAGAGAGAGCUGUUGGAAAGGGUUAAAAUGCAGUUGGCCUCUUUUCUGGAAGAUCCGCAAUACCAAGACCAACAUUCUUUACACACAGAAAUCAUAAAAACCUUUGGAAGAGUUGGGCCAAAUGCUGAGCCAAGAUUUCGCGAUGAAUUUGUUAUUCCACACUUGCAUAAACUCGCCUUGGUCAAUAACCAACAGUCUGCAGAUUCAAAAAGAUUGGAUAUUGCUACUCAUCUCUUUGAAGCCUACAGCGCUCUCUCCUGUUGUUUUAUUUCAGAGGAUUUAAUGGUCAAUCACUUUUUACCUGGACUCAGGUGUUUACGAAAUGACAUGGAAUCUCUCUCACCAGAACAUGAGGUUAUUUUAAGUUCCAUGAUAAAGGAGUGUGAACAGAAAGUGGAAAAUAGGAGUGUCCAAGAACCACAAGGCUCUAUGUCAAUUGCAUCAAGCCUCGUGAGUGAAGACACAAAGACCAAGUUUCUGAACAAAAUGGGCCAGUUGACCACUUCAGGUGCCAUGCUGGCCAAUGUAUUCCAGAGGAAGAAAUAAAUUAGAAAAGGAAGUCCUGGUAAACACUGAAGAGACCUCAUUUAAGACUGGUUCCUUGUACUUGAAGUACUUGCCUUUUUAUUUCCCCGUCUUACGUUCUUGUACUAUAAUUUUACUCUAACCAACAAAGAUAUUUGCACUGCUCUUGAAUAUUGCUACGUAUCUGUUAAUUUUGGGUUAAAUGUGGUUGAUUAUAAAACUAAAUUAAGUCUGUAUCAAGUCCCUGUUCUGUGUUCUCGUCUUUCCAGCAUAUAUAUAUGGUUUAUAUAUAUAUAUAAGGGGUUUUUUUUAUUUCCUGAUGGGUUCUCGGCUGAUAUCUGUAUUAUACAUCAAACUGUUAUGGUGGUACUUAAAAUAAUGUAAAUCUGAAGUCACGGUCAUGAAGUAAUAAAAGUGGAGAUUACUUAUGUAUUUAAGUUAUAAGAAGAUAAUGCAGAAUUUUUUAAUGUUUCUAAAAUGAAAGGCAAGAGCCACCAGCACAAGUCUGAUUCCUGGAUUGUUUUUUGUAAGUUAUUGUAUAUUUGAAUUACAGAGUUAGAGAUUAUAAUGUAUAACAGAACUGCUUGCACUACAAAUCUCAAAAGAGGACCAGAUUAUUCUAGAACUGAUGGAUAAACCAAAUUUUUGAGAUAAA